ACGAGUUACGGGCCAGCUAAAUAUUUUUUUCCGGGACAACGAUAUAAGUAACCUAAAAUAUUUUGUUUGUAUUCAAUUGUAUUUGUGUACAAUUUAUUGAAUUUUUAUAAUUUAAAAUUUGUGCCCCACGUUAAUUUAAAUUUUCUUUAAUUAGUAAAUAUGGCUGAUGUAUUAGAUAUCGAUAAUGCUGAAGAGUUUGAAGUUGAUGACGAAGGAGAUCAGGGAAUCGCUAGAUUGAAAGAAAAAGCGAAGAAAAGAAAAGGACGUGGACAUGGAGCCGAAUUAGUAUCAACUCGUGAUGAUGUCGGUCACUAUGAGUCAAUGAAUGUUGUCGAAGAUGACAAUGAACCCGGUCCUCAGCGAUCUGUAGAAGGAUGGAUUUUAUUUAUAAAUUCAGUCCAUGAAGAAGCGCAAGAAGACGACAUCCAAGAUAAAUUUUCCGAGUAUGGUCAGAUUAAAAAUUUGCACCUUAAUCUCGACCGCAGAACCGGAUUUCUUAAGGGAUAUGCUUUAGUAGAGUAUGAGACUUUCAAAGAGGCUCAAGCCGCCAAGGAAGCUUUGAAUGGAACUGAAAUUCUAGGGCAGGCUAUUUCAGUUGACUGGUGUUUCGUCAAAGGUCCCAAGAAAGUCAAAAAGAGGAGUCACAGACGGCGAUAGUUUUGUUCUAAAAAUAUUUUUUUGCCAUCGAUUCCAGACUUUGCUGUAAAACAUUUCCAAUGUAUCGAAUUUUUUUCAAAUGUUUAAUGGUACAAAAAAUAAAAGAUUUAUCAGUAA